UGCAGUCUCAUAAAUGGAAAAACCACCGACCAUGGGAAUUUCUCUUCCAAGUCUCUUUUGCCUGAUUCUUGUUGGGAUCACAAUAUCCUGCCGUGCCCAAGACACGUGUCCUGAUGUAAAACUCAUUGGAGUUGGAGAAUCAGAAAAAAUGGCCAUUGUAAGAGGGUGUCCCGGGUCUACGGGAUCCCCUGGGCAAAAGGGAGAAGCAGGGACACAAGGAACCAAAGGGAACCCUGGAAUCCCUGGAAAGAUGGGCCCCCGUGGUGAGAAAGGAGACAUUGGGCCUCCUGGACUCUUGGGGCCACCUGGCGAGAGAGGAUUCACUGGAAACCAAGGAAUCCCUGGAAUCUUGGGCCCCCGUGGUGAGAAAGGAGACAUUGGGCCUCCUGGACCCUGGGGGCCACCUGGCGUGAAAGCUUCCAAGAACUGUAUGGAGCUGCUCAAUAAUGGAGCCACUCUCACCGGCUGGUACACAGUCUAUCCGGAUGGUAAUAAGCCUAUAAAUGUUCUCUGUGACAUGGAUACGGAUGGAGGGGGAUGGAUAGUGUUUCAGAGACGAGUGGACGGUUCUGUGGAUUUUUACAGAGACUGGAAAUCCUACAAACAAGGCUUUGGCAGCCAACUGGGCGAGUUCUGGUUGGGAAAUGAGAACAUUCACCUCCUUACGUCCUCAGGGAAUUUCCAACUGCGCUUCGACCUGGAGGAUUUUGACAACAAUCGAACCUACGCCACUUACAGCCAAUUCCGACUGGAGCCAGAGUCUCAGAAAUACACCCUACGUUUUGGAGAAUUCACUGGGGGCCCUGCAGGUGACUCUCUGGGUCCUCACAAGAACAGAGCAUUUAGCACUAAGGAUGCAGAUAAUGAUACAGCCAAUGACAGUAGCUGUGCAGUAUUGUAUGUAGGAGCCUGGUGGUACAGUAGCUGCCAUAAUUCCAGCCUGAAUGGGGAAUACCUGCGGGGCAAGCACAGCAAGAGGGGCAGCGGGGUGCUCUGGCACAACUUCCGAGGGAUUGAGUACUCACUGAAAGUGUCUGAAAUAAAGUUCCGCCCACAGAAGUAACCUGGAAGAUUUGGAACAUUCCUUAACAGCUGUCUAUAUUUUAAAGCGCAAUAAAUCAAAGUCCAUUUCAUGUGACUUUAUUGUAAUGGC